AUGUCGUUCCGCCUGCCGGAGGCGUCGACAUCGUCGUCGUCGCCGCCGCCAUGGGGGCUGGAGCCGUCGUCACCGCCAUCGAGUCCGACGCCGACGACGUCCUUCCACUCGUUGGAUCCGUUCAGUGGCUCGGCCAAGUCGCUAUCGAUCAGCCGGCCACGCCAGACGCGGUGGGCGCGAUCGGCCACCACGCCUGCUGCGCCACGCACCGCCCACUCCUUGGACGUGCCAAAUGUGGAUCAUCAUGAUCGCGAGGCGCUUCUUGAGCAGUUCUUUGACGAGGCGUCCGAGGAGGAAGAUGCAUCGAUGGUCGAGAUGGGCAGCUCGUACGACGCACCGAGCACCUUUGCGCGCCCCUUCGUGCGCACGGACAGCGCCAACACAGAUCCGCUGAGCGCUGCAGGCCGUGUGGACUCGAUGCAGCGAGCGACACAGCGGACGCGUCUGACAGGCACGUCGCCCAAAAAGCUCACGCGCCACGGCUCGCAUCUGGCGCCGUGGGAGCAGGCGGACGAUCCGCCGCCACCCCGACCCGGUGACGUGCCAUGGGAUGCCGUCGUGACGCGUGUAUUUGAUGAGGGGCGUGAGCAUCCCACGCUCUUAUUUGGUGGGCAUGGUCUUACGCACAUCAGCAACGUCAUUGGUGAUCUGCGGCACUAUGUCACGAUCGAGCACACACGCAGUCGGCUCGAGCUGUACCUGUGGGACAAUCUGCUCACGAAACUGCCGAGCGCCCUGUUUCAGCUCACGAAUCUGGGCGUGCUGUCACUCCGCAAGAACCAGCUGACCCAUCUGCCCGCGGCCAUCGGCGAACUGCGCCAUCUGCGUGAACUGAAUAUCGGCGGCAACGCUCUGACAUACUUACCCGCCGAGAUCCAGCAGCUGCAGCUCGAUACAUUCACGUACGUGCCGAAUCCAUUUGUGUGCGUGCCCCCCGGCUCCCUUCUCGAAACACGCCACGUCCACGGAGACCGUCCUGCUCCCCCGCCCCCCGGUCCCCGCUGGACACGCGCUCAUACCCUGGCGACCGUGGUGCCGGCGGCGCCGACGACGCGCGUGAUCGCACGCGUGCUCGGCCCGUGUGAGCGCCGAAGCAAGCCGUCGCUGGCGAACUUGUGCAUGCAGCGCCUGCUCAGCGACGACCCGCUCGUGAUUGAACAGUAUGAGACGGGAUGCCUGCGUGCGCUGGAACAUACCGUUGACGCGCGGUUCGUCGCGCGGAUUGAGGCGGCACGACGGAGUGCGACGGCCUCGUGGGGCACGCGCGUCGAUGCUCGGGAUCCUCAGGUGGCGUGGUAUGCGGGCGCGGACAACGUUGACGCCAUGCUGGAGGCGGAUGAUGCGGGCCAUAAUGUGUGGUUCAAUCGGUGCCCGGCUCACGACCGCGAGUCACGAACGGAUUGGCCCAGCUGCUCUGGGCCUCUUUUUGUCGAUGCGGCGGAGGAACGCAUCGAAUGGGUAUCCCACGUCGCGGGCGUGCGUGUGGCCAAGCAGGGGAUCGAGAUGGCCGGCACGUCCGUGCGCGGUAUGCCAGCGGAGCAUGCGGGGUGCUUGCCGAUUUUGUGGCGCGGAUGCAGUGUGGGCUGCCUCGCCUUUCUGGACGAUUCGUUAUGA